CAAGCCCAAAUAUGAUCUUCGAAUUGGCGAUGAGAAUGAAAAUGAGAAUAACUUCUCAAUAUUGUUCUGUGCUCAGACAUGUUUUAUGCAGGAAAUCUGCGAAGCUCAUUUUGGUUUGAACAGUUCUUCGGUUUAUCAGGAUCGGUAACCAUAUGAGGCAAUCAAGUUUUACAGGCUUCUAUGGCGUAAUGAACGAAUCAAGCCUCUUCUAUUCCUAAAACGUCCGCUCAGUCGCCGGUACUGCUGUCUUUGAAUCCUACGAGAGCCCGCCGCCUGACAAGAAGACGGUGCGGAUGACUGGACUCUUUCGGUGAGAUGUGGUGCUUGGGCAACGAGAUCAUUUAUGAGCCCGGGGUUUAGACAGGAAGACUCCAGUACAACCAAAAACCUUUUGCAUGUCUCGUGUACGAGGGCAAAAUAGCAACAGGAGAGGUGGCACAUGGCCACCGAAGAAUGGAGGAGGAUUUGAAACGAGAACGCACCAGGUAAUCAGUUCGAGAUGUACCACGAGGAAUAUCCACACAUUGUGAUCUAGGAACACAUGGUGUGAUGCAAAACAAUGCAAACGAACCGCCCUCUCGCGCGACGGGACAUGGGUGCCCAUGAUGUCGAGCACAUUCCGGACGAUACUCUAGACUUUUUCAACAGGAGGGUGUUUAUGUGGAACUAAAGCUGCACCCCACCCCCCUUUCGGCAACAUGAUUGCUGCUUAUUUUAUAGACAUGCGUGAACGUGAGCCCGUCCAUUAAAAAGUACGCAUUUUUAAUCGAAAGGAAAUUCGGCUGUUCGCUGCCGAAGUCCAGCGCUCUUCUCAUCUUGAUGAACUCGGUGCAGUAAAGGGACGGCAGCCACCUGCCGGACGAUCGCAAGGAAGCAUCCAGAAUGCUGGCGAACCCUGAACAACCGGGCCGAGGCAUUGCGUUAGUCUUAUAAUUCCACACCUAACCUGCUGCUGAUCACACACAACGCUGGGCGCAAGAGCGAUGCGAGAUUUGAUCUACAUCCGUCGCACGAGGUGUCAAGAUGGUCACAAAUUCAUGAUACUGUUUUGACCGUGAGCGGGUUUGUCGUCGUCCUGGCCCUAGCCAGCCUCUCGCUCUCCUCGCGCUGGUAGAAGAGCUCGUCGGAGCCCUGUACAAUAUCUGGGCCAAAUGUCACGAAAUGUGUUCGUGCGGGUGCCCAACUAUUUAGGAGCUACAGAGCCAUUACAAGGGACACAGUGACUACGACACCUCAUUUAAGAAGUUGAGUGUGUGUUUACACCGAGGUUACACUGUGUCGCUGCCGUAAUAGGUCCUAAACCAACACAAAACAGCUGAGCAUCUGGUGAUCGUGUCCAGGUCAUGCCUCAUGUGUUCAUUUCAUAAGCUUCUGAAUCUCCCAGCCUCGGCGUCCUGAUGAUUGUCAUUAGUGUUCGAAUUACGCUGCUAAUCGCCACAUGCAGGAAUGCCAGCGCCACCACAGCAUGUCUAGUCCUUUGUCUAGGGGCAAGGAACCAAGUGCAUCUCGCCGUGAGAUCACCCGGAGGGGAUGAAGACGAAUAUGUCUAAGUAUACUUACUGCCAUUUAGGCUUCCAUUUAGAGCCUAAUGUCCAGCAGUACACGAGCACGGGCGAGGGGGACGUGUACAGAACAUGGCCUUGGUAUACGUUCUGGUGCUUCUCAGCUUACUCUCUGUCUCGCUCUUAGUGUACACUUCUCUAAAAAUGUAAAGGAGAUAUGGGUCUGCGAGAAACAUUCUCGACAGAUUUAGGCGUAUCCUGUAGAUCGUGGGAAAAAACAUGGCUUCUCUGCUCGGUCAUUCCUCCGUCUGUAGCUGGGGAAGUUUUCCGCUGCUGCUGCUGCUGCUCAUUUCCGAACUUGUGCUUAUCUUAUGUCGAACAGUGCUCAGCUCAGGACCUCCCUUGUCUUUCGAAAUUUGCUGCUAACUUUUCAGGGUGGUUGAUGAUGCAACACGCGUGAGUACAAGUCAUCUUACUCGCUGCAUGUUUCCCAGCCAGUAGCUUGCACACCUGGCUUUGCCUCGGCUUGGCUCGAGGCCCAUCAUUCAAUGCAGUAUACGCGCAGGGGAGUAAGCUGUAAGUUGUAAGUUUAGUUGUUGGUUCUUGUUAUGAGACUGCGUGGAUGAGAUUAAGGUCUGUUCCCUAGAGCAGACAGGUGUGAUCCAUGUUGUGACACAAGUUGCAAGGUCUGGAAACAGCAAAUGGGGGGUGGGGGAAGGGUUCAUCAAGGACAUCAAGGACAGCUCCUAAGAAUAGAGCUAAGAAUCAAUUGAUGGGUUUGUGGACAUCCGGACGAAAGUUUUCCGGAGGCUUCGGAGAGCAAACGUAGAAUGCGUCAAGGCGAAAAUGCCCUGCGAAAUGUUGAACCGACUUACAACUUCAACUGAAGGAUAAGAUGUGAUUCGGGGAGGAGAUGGGAUGUAUAUAUUUUCGCAAGAUCUACAGCUACUUGCGCACUUACUGCCUUGAAAAAUCACUCGCAAGUUGGCAUUGCAAUGGCGUAUAAAUUCUUUUGCACGGCGGUUUCGUAACAGGACGAGGUCUAGCUGCAGUGCACUGCAAAGCUCA